AUGGCUGCUUCUUCAUCUCAAAAUGUUGGUUCCUCUAUUCCGCUACAUCUUCAAGAAGAAGAACAACAAAUUGUUCCGGUUAUCUCUUGCUCCAUUCCCAGAAAUGAGUUAGAAGUAAUCUGUGAGUUAAUGGUGGACUUUGAUUGUCUUGAAGAACACCAGUUCCAUUUGAAAGAUGAUAUGUUGUUUCAAGGAUGGACUUCUCUAUUUGUUGUUGUCACCGAGAACAUCCUGAGAAUGAUGUUUGAUUUAAGAAAUUCUGAAGGUGUCUUUGAAUCUGAUCAAAGAACAGAUUGGAAUGCCGUUCUGACUGAACUAUAUACAGAUGUGAAGAAAACGAAUCGUGUUAAAGAUAUGAAGGAUCUUUACCAAGUCUGGAUCAAGAUUCUUCUAGGGUGUUUUUAUCACAGAAAAGCAACUCAUUCUCAUGAUUUCGUCAACAAAGAGCAGCAAUUCAUUCUAAGUGAGCUGCCAGAAGUUAGUACCAAAUAUCUUAACUCUCUCAAGGAAGAUGAAGCCAAAAAAGUUCCUGCUAAAGUUAGUCGGAAGAAAGCCUCCACUUCUAGGAAAGCAGUCUCAGAAGUUGUCUCAGAAUCUGCUCAAGAAGUUGUUGUUAACAAAGAAAGAAGGACAAAGUGUAAGUUUGAUAGUUCUUCUGUUAACCAGGAGAAGGAAGUCCAAGAAGAAGUUGCUGCAGUAGUUGAUGAGAAUGCUACUGAAAAGAAUGUUGUUGCUGAAGCUGAAGCUGUUCUUGUUGAAAGUGAACAAGAAGCAGUAGAAGAAGAAGUUGUGAAAAGAAAGCGGAAGAAGUCAAAUAAAGAACAAGAAGAAGAAAAUCAAGAAGUGGAAAGUCAAGAAGCUGAGAGUCGAGAAGCCAUGGAUAAGGAGAAAGAAAGGCUUGCAACAGCCAUAAAAAGAGAUAUUGCUCUAGGAAAGGCGAAGGUUAUGGGAGAGAAGAAGAACAAGAAGCAGAAAAGACUUGAGGCUGAAUUUGCAGCUAUUCAGAAUAUGUCCAAAGGUAUACAUUUUUCUGAACCUGAUUCUGUUCCUGGUUUACGUUCAGAAGUUACACCAACAGAUGUUGCUCAAUCCCCUGAACCAGAAAAUCAACCAUAA